AUGAGUAAAAAGUUCGAAGAGGAAUGGGUCGAUGUUAAAGACGAUGAUGGUGAUUGGGAUGAUGAUGGAGUCAUUGAUGAUGAUUAUGAUGAAGAUAAAUUUCAAAGGGAGUAUGAACAAUACAUGAAAUCCCUGUCUAAACCAUCAUCAUCGGCUCAAAGUAGUACUACCACUGCCACAAAAACAACAACACCAUCAACAAGUAAUACAACACCAACACAAUCGGCAACAACAACUACUGCUGUAUCAGCAACAGAUGCAUCAUCGGAAAAGAGCCAUCCAAGCAACAAGCAUCACCACAAGAGAAAUGUUGCUCACCUUAAGGAUCAUCAUCAAUCACCACCAUCUACAACUUCACCAAUUAAGCCUAGUGCAACAUCUUCAAAACCUGCCACAACAACCAUUACUGAAAACACUCCAACAACAGGAUCUUCAACAACAAGUGUCACUAAUGCUCCUCCUGUACAACAUGUUACUACCACAACAACUACAGCAACUCCAACAAACAGUACUGCUAACACUAAUCAACGACCAGUAUCAGGAAAGAGUGAAACCAAACCAGUAUCUCAACCAGCACAACAAGGUCAAUCGGAAACAUUUCAAAAUGAUAGAAAGUACGAAAGAAGAAAUAUCAAGCAACAUAAGCCACAAAACGAGAGAAAGAAACACAGAACAGAACAGGAAACUAUUGAAUUUAUCAAAAUCUUGUUGUCCAAACUCUUAUCCAGUUAUGACAAGGUUUAUGCUUCCACCAGACUCACUCCAGAAAUUUAUGAAAAUACUAGACACAAGUUGUUAAAGAACUUUUCAUUCUUUAAGAAUUCUGAAAAUAUGCAAAGUUUGUGGGUUGACAUCUUGAUAGAGAAGGUUUUGUAUCGAGGCAUUGCUGGAACUAUUGCAAGUUUAUUCUAUGAGCAACUCGAAGAGAAUGUAUCUAGACUUCCCCAAGAUGUGAUCGUCUCAAUCAAGAAGAAGAUUGCUACCAAGUGUCAGCAAUUAUUUAAGGAAGAAUUCAUUGUUCAAAAUAAGGAAAAGGAAUUAGAAGAAGAGUUUAAAUCUUUCCAGAAGAAAUCCAACACAUUGAAACUUGUUGCCAAGUUGAUUUCUUAUCAUGUUUUAGAUAGAAAGAUUGCAUUUUUAAUUAUUUCUUCUUUAUUACAAAAUCCUACAGAGCUGAAUCUCAAACUUGUCUGUGAAUUCCUUUUAGAAGUUGGCUGCAGUAUUGACUCACCAAAUACUAAAACACUCAUGGAUGGAAUUAUGACUCAGAUUCAAAACCUCUCUAAGAGUGACAGUACACCAAAGCUCAUCAAAUUGGAUUUACUCAAAGUUUUGGAUAGCAGAGAAAGAAACAAAUUUGCUAACAUUGAUGAACAAUUCAUGUUUAUCCAACACGAACUCAAGGUUAUUCAACUUGAAAACGAAUUGGCAGAAUUGACUGAAAACCCAACCCAACAAACUCAACAUUAA